AUGCUGCACGAGCUACUCAUCACCCUCUCCGGUUACCCCGGUGACAUCUUCAGGCCAUUCCCCUUUGAACCAGAGACACCCACAACGUUUGCAAUCACAGACUUUCCUCUGCUCCAUCCCGCCGAGAAGGAGGGUCUUAACCGCCUGGCCCAGCUUGGCUUUUAUUUCAAAGAGUUCAACACUUUCAUCACCUCCUGUCGGUCACCCUCACGGCAGCACGGCCAACAAACACCUCCAGAUGGCGAAACCAUCAACGUGCCAGCACCCCCAGGACUCUAUCUUCGUGCUAUGGCUAGCGCUCUCGACAGGAAGCUACAGAGCUAUCGCCAAGUCAUUGUCCAGACCGAGGCAGCCAUUCUGUCGGGAGAGGAUAAUCUAGGAGGUAUUGUGCCACUCUCGACCAUUUCUGGACGCUUCGCUCCCUACCAACUCGUCUUUCCUGCCAUCGUCAACCUUCUCUCCGACAUCGAGUCGACAGCUCUCACGGAGGCGCCAUACGGCGGCGGUCGACUGAUCAAUCUCCUGCAGGACAGGAGCGCCUCGGGCGUGCCGAUUCAAAAGGAGUGGAUGACAGAGAUGCUGCAAGGGUGUUGCGCGGUUAUGCUGCGCCAAGUCACGUCCUGGGUGAUAUACGGCCAGAUUCAGGAUCCGUUUGGCGAGUUCUUUGUUGUCCAGCUAGAAUCGUCGCAAAGAGCAGGAGAGACCAAUCAAGGCAGUCGGUACUCAACAGGGAGCUUUGUUCGUUCCAGGGCUGCGACGUCUUCAGGGCUGGCCACGUUACCUCCUUCAACAGCUUUGACAGCGUCAGCAGCGUCAUCAUCCUCCAUCAAAUGGCAGACAGGAUACAGUCUUGAUGAACAAAUGAUCCCCGCCAUGAUCCCUACCACUCUCGCCCACGCCAUGCUUUUUAUCGGAAAAUCGAUUGCAACAGUCCGGCAGGCAAAACCCAAGCCCAUCCCAAUACCCCAAUCAAUUACCCAACGCCAUCUGGAUUUACUCCUGCCGCUGUUAUCCGCCUCCUCAGGACAAAGGGAGAUAAAGUCUGUAUCGGACGAGGUUCUCAAUUUGAACCUUCUUACAGCCGUCAUUCACCAAAUCAGAAAAGACAUCGCCAAUCACCUGUGGGUCGUCGUACAAGUCGGAGAGAAGGUGGUCAAGACGCUAGAGUCCUUCAAGCGGUACUUUUUGCUCUCUGAUGGCGAGUUUGGGCUUGGUCUGAUUACAGCUCUGGAAGAGUUUAAACGGAACCGACUUUCAAGAAUGGGCCAGUUUAUCACCACGACGGCGACAUCGGUCGGGAUACGGGAUCAUGACCUGGGGGGGAUGCUGAAGAAGGCCGCGCAGGACACGCCAGCCCAGGAUGAUACCACGCUGGCCAGCUUUGAGUUCCGGAUAGUAAAGCCUGCUCGGAAGCACACAGGAUCCGAGCAGGAUCAGCCACCGACCAUUGGCAUGUUUGACGACCAGCUUCUCGGUAUUCCAGUGCGGUUAACAUACACACUUUCGUGGCCAUUGGAUCUUUUUCUGACCACCGAGGAUCUCGACCAAUACAGCGACGUGUUUGCGUUCUUGAUGACCAUCCGGAAAUCACAAGUGCGACUCCAGCAGACAUGGAUUGAGAUAAAAUCUUUGACUCAGAGACUUACCAACAGGAGGCGAGGCGGAGAUGCCAGGGCAUACGGUCGUCGGAUCAAGGGCACAGAGACUGACGAGCGGAAUGCUGAACAAGAGGCAGAGAUGUUGAAGCACAUUGCUGCCUUUAGAUCAAAUAUGGUCUUUGUUGUUGACUGCGUCUGGACAUAUAUUCAGAUGGACGUGAUUGGUCCUACAUAUGAGUCUUUACUGGAAGGCAUUGCAACCCACGAGUCUGAUCGGAAGUCCAGUUUCUCACAAUCGUCAACAUCUGCAACAGCCACGCCGCAAAGCUUCGAUUCGAUCCACAGUUCACACGCGGAGGCAUUGUAUGAAAUUCGACGCGCCUGUCUUUUGACAUCAGAAUCUCUGUCGUCUUCAGUCAAAGAUAUUCUUCUCCGGACAGAGGCAUUUUGCGGAAUCAUUGGGCGCCGUGCUGCAGGCCAGGAUGGUUUCCAGUCAGGACUCGGAGAAGAGUUGGACGACAACAUGUGGCAGGACUGGACCGACAUCAUCCGUCUCAACCAGAGCUUCCGGGAGGACACUGAGAAGCUAUAUACGGACCUAACUACCGUCUCCAAAUCAGGAUCUCUGGGGGAUGGGCCUGCACUCAAGAGGAGCGUCUCUGGUUUAGGGUCAAGCCUUCUGGGCAAUGGCCCACAAUCUUUUGAUGUCAUUCGGCAAGUCGACCGACUGCUGCUGCGACUCGAGUACUCGAAAAGCAAUUGGUUCAGUGGACCUAGCCCAUUGCUCCCUGAAGGCGAAUAA